AUGGGAAGGCACGAUGUCUUGGCAGCACAACCAUGGUGGGCAGCACCAAGGCGCCAACAAUCUGCACGCCUCUGGGCUACUCUGGGCUACUCUGGGCACCCGCAUCAUGCCAUCAGGACAAGAAGACCCGCCGCUAUUCUUUCCGCCCUCGCGGCUGUCACCAUCGCCGAUGCUGCCUCCAAGACGACCCGGCAGACGCCCGACAGGACUCGCUCCCUGCCCGCCAUUUCCGUGUCGGGCAAUGCCUUCUGGGCCGACGGCGAGCGCUUCUAUAUCAGGGGCAUCGACUACCAGCCCGGUGGUGCGGCCGCUAACGAGGACCCUCUCAUCGACACGGAGGUCUGCUCCCGCGACAUUGAGCGCUUCCGCCGUCUUGGCGUCAACGCCGUCCGCGUCUACUCCCUCGACAACAAUGAGAACCACGACGAGUGCAUGGACCUGCUGGCCGACGCCGGCAUCUACCUCAUGGCUGAUGUGAACAGCCCGGACUACUCCAUCAACCGCGAGGAGCCACACCCCUCUUACAACGCCGACUACCUCCAGUCCGUCUUCGCCACGGUCGAGAUGUUCGCCCAGUACGACAACACCAUGCUCUUCUUCUCCGGCAACGAGGUCGUCGACAACGAGAACAACACGGAUUCCGCUCCCUACGUCAAGGCCACGACCCGCGACAUCAAGAACUACCUGCGCGCCCGCGGCCUGCGCCAGGUCCCCGUCGGCUACUCGGCCGCCGAUGUCGCCUCCAACCGCAAGCAGACCGCCGACUACUUCAACUGCGGCAGUGACGAUGCUCGCAGUGACUUCUUCGCCUUCAACGACUACUCGUGGUGCAACACGGACUUCCUGACGGCUGGCUGGGACCAGAAGGUCCAGAACUUUACCGACUAUGGUCUGCCCAUCUUCCUCUCUGAGUUUGGCUGCAUCACCAACGGCGAGCGCACCUUUGGUGAGAUUGAGUCCCUCAUGCACAGCAACAUGACGUCCGUGUACUCUGGUGGCAUGAUGUACGAGUACUCCAUGGAGGACAACGACUACGGCAUUGUCGACAUUGAGAGCAACGGCGAGAUUGAGGAGCGUGACGAGUUCCAGAACCUCGCCGACGCCUUCAGCCGCUGGCCCGCUCCCAGUGGCAGCGGCAGCCCCGCCCACUCCACCACCCACUCCGUCUCUUGCCCGACGCAAAACUCGCUGUGGGAGGUUGAUGGCGAUGAGAUCCCCACCAUGCCGGAGGAGGCCGAGCAGUACAUGCAGAACGGCGCCGGCGAGGGUCCCGGCCUCCGUGGCCCCGGGUCCCAGAACGCUCCCGACAGCGGCACCUCGACCGGCGGCAUCGCCAGCGGUGCGCCCUCGCCCACGGGCAGCGAGGCUCCUCGUCGCAGCAGCGACAACGGUGGCAGUGAGGACAGCAACAACGACAGCGCCGCCCGCGGUCUCGUUAUUGAGAAGGACAUUCUCAUGGUGACUGGUGCCGUCGUCGCCUUCACGCUCUUCGGCGCUGUCCUUCUGUAA